AUGGAAAAUAAAAAGUGUUCGAUUGGAUUAUUCAAGGAUGAAAUAUGCUCUGAGGAAAAAUUUAUUGAUUGCAAAAAUUUUUCUGACGAAGAUCAGAUUGCUUUGAAUUCUAGAAGUGGUACAGAAGUUAGUUUUAUUUGCUCUGAACAUGACAAGCGGUAUCGUAUCAAUUAUACUUCAAAUCAAAGAGCUUGUGCUGAUCCCUUUAACCUUCAUGACAGCAGAGUUCGUAAAUCUUUGAGACCAGUCAGUUUAAAAUUGUUUAAACAGUGUAAGGUUAGUGUACCUUCCAUUAUUCCGGGAAGUAAACUGUGCAUUUCGUGUACUAAAAGAGUCUAUAGCGAAUUACCAGAACAUCAAAAUAUAGUUAAAACAGUUGAAAAAACUGUGAAUAUCGAAAAAAGUCAAGCAGUUGAGAGUGUCUCUGAAGAUUCCGUCUUCAAAUCAUCGAAACCAUCUGAAACACCUGGCCAAAGAAAAGAUUUAGAUAGAUCAAAAACAUACGCUCAACGGAAAUAUCAUGACAUGACGUCGAAACUGCAAUCAUGCUUUGAACAUCUCAUGGAAAAUGAUUCUGACAUAAUUAAAAAUAAACAAUUGAACAUUGACGAUACUCCUAAAUUAAUCGGAAAAGAAAUAAUAAGUCAGCUAAAAGAAAAAUAUAAUAAUUGCAGCAAAGUGAGUGAAAAAUUACACAUUUUAUCUAUUUUGCCUUUAAGUUGGUCGACAGAAAAAAUUGUUGAUGCUUUUGGAGCAUCUACAUAUAUGGUGAAAAAAGUAAAACAGAAAGUCAGUGAAGACGGUAUUCUAUUCACUCCGCAAAGAAACAAAGGUCAUUCAUUAUUAAAAAGUACUGAAGAGAAAAUUCAACAAUUUUAUCGAAACCAAGAUGUAAGUAGAGAAUUACCUGGUAAAAAAGAAUAUAAAUCAGUUCAUGAGAAUGGUCAACGGGUACAAAAACAGAAACGGCUAAUUUUGGGUAAUUUAAAUGAAAUUUAUCAAUUGUUCAAGCAGAAGUACCCAUUUGAAAAAGUCAGUUUUUCAAAAUUUGCUAGUCUAAGACCCCCCGAAUGUGUUCUAGCUGGUUCAUCUGGCACUCACGUAGUUUGUGUCUGUCUCAUUCACGAAAAUUUUAAACUGUCAUUUCAUGGUGCAAAACUUGACAAAUUAAAAUAUAACGAUGAAAGUCAACCGGCAUUUUCUUCAUAUCGAGAUUGCUUGAAAAUGAUUAUUUGCCCUCAACCUACGAGUGACUGCUAUUUGGGAACCUGUAACAACUUGACGCAUAACACAACAGCAGUUUAUAGUUUCCAGGAAGUACUGACAUCGUUUCUGAAAGAUAAAAUCCCAAAUAUUUCUAAAAUAAUUUAUUUUUCGGAUGGUGCAGCAUCUCAAUAUAAAAAUCGGUACAACUUACUGAACUUGCUGCAUCAUGAGGAUGAUUUUCAAAUACCAGCGGAAUGGCAUUUUUUUGCAACUUCACAUGGAAAAGGUCCAAGUGAUGGUUUAGGCGGAGCAUUGAAGCGGAAGGUUGACAGAGCCAACCUCCAAUCUAAAGCUGAAGACCAAAUUCAAACACCCGAUGAAUUAUUCCAAUGGGCAAAAGAACAUGUUCAUGGAAUCUGCUGUCACUUUGUUUCAAAUGAGCAGAUUCAACGUACUCAAAAAAAACUUAACCAAAGAUUCAAAAAUGCUCUGCCAGUACAAGGGAUCCGAAAUUGUCAUGCUGCUAUUCCCAUUUCUAGUGAUGUGAUUAGAGUAAAAACCUUAUCCUCAUCUGAGCAAGGACAGGAUUUUCGAUUAAAAAAUACAGAUAUCUACGAGUUCGUCGAAGAACCAGAUAUUAAAAGCAGAUUAAGAAAAAGAAAAGGAGCAACAACAGUACAAGGAGGAUUAAAGAAAAAACGACUUUCAUAA